AUGUGCAGGGACUCGGAUGCGAGAGGAUUCCGCGGACGUCCAUUAUUCGAGAUAAAAGCCAGUCGGGGCCGGUUCGAGUGGGCGUCCGUUGAUUUAUCCGCCACCGCCGGACUGGUCGUAAUUGACGUCGUCGGUAUUAAUCAAUCUGCCGCGGGCACUCGUCGAGAACAUCCGUCGCGUGGUCCGCGGAGCCGCCGGGUCCGAUACACCCGCCACCCACAUCACCCACACCGCGUCGGUACACGACUACGACCGGUGGCUCUCGACCAGGCCGGUUUUCGAGUUAAAGUGAUCGCCCCGUCAAUUACACAACAACGGUGUAACGGAUCGAUCGCGAUCUAUAAUAGAGCACUGUUAUAA